AUGUCGGACGGAGAAGAGAUCCAGAACCCCCCUGUUGCCGCCGCCGAUGAGGUCGAGGUUUCCGCUGACGCUGGCUCCGGCCAGAUGUCCGUCCUCGACGCUCUUAAGGGUGUCCUCCGCAUCUCCCUGAUCCACGAUGGUCUUGCCCGUGGUCUGCGUGAGGCUGCCAAGGCCCUCGACCGCCGUGAGGCCCACAUGUGUGUCCUCAACGAGGGCUGCGAGGAGGAGGCCUACAAGAAGCUCGUUGUCGCUCUUUGCUCCGAGCACAAGAUUCCUCUGAUCAAGGUUCCCGAUGGCAAGAUGCUCGGCGAGUGGGUCGGUCUCUGCACCCUUGACCGUGAGGGUAACGCCCGCAAGGUCGUCAACUGCUCUUGCGUCGUCGUCAAGGACUGGGGUGAGGACAGCCAGGAGCGCUCCGUUCUCCUCAACUACUUCCAGACUGAGCAGUAA